AUGAACCGAAGCACUAUAGAAAGAUCCUCCACAACAAGUAACGAUUUUGAAACAAGUCGGAGUGAUGCUGGUGUUUAUGCAGGGGAACAGAGGAGAUCUCGGGAGUUGCACAUAGCGAACCCGUACUCCGUUGUGACAGCUCCCAAGACCACGAGAGGUCCUAGAUCCUGCCCUGGUGCUCCCAUGGAAGAUCGCAGCUAUCGGGUUAGUACUCGUCGAGGAAAGCCUCUAAAUGAUCGCUACUCCUCUAUUAAUACUUCACUUCGGUAUGAAAACGUUGGAAGGAAGCGGACCGAUGUCUACCAACAUGAAACUAUCCUGGAAUAUAGUAGCGAAAGUGCGAAUUCUAGUCGAGGAAGUCCACCUGACAUACAUUCUAGGAAAGAUUCGAGACGCUCUCAAAGCCAGCGAUACUAUGGUGGUGCUCUGAACGAAUCAACGGAUGAUGAUGAUGACAGAGCCAGCAUGCAUAUUAUCCAACUAGAGGCCAAACUGAAAAGAGCCAAAGAACUUAUUCGAUCUACGAGGAGAGAUAUGACAGAGAGGAUAGAAGAGUUGCAAGACGAAAUUGAAAGAAAAAGCCGCGAUUACGACACUCUUAAGUGGCACUAUAAACAAGCUAGAAAAGCCAUCGAUGAUGAACGAAAAAUAAACGCGCGGCAAACAAAGAAACUCCAUCAAGCCCUUGAAGAAGUGUCUCGCCUGAAAGCAUUGCUGGCAGAACAUUCUAAUGAUAGUUCGUUUCUGAUCCCUUACUGUGGCGGUCUUCCACCAAUGGGUUACGAUUCUGGUGCAGGAGAAGCGCUCUGUUCCUUAGCAGAAGCUCAAUCUGAUGGUAUCAAUGAUCGACUUUGCUCCUUAAAUGAGGUCCACGGCGGUAGCGUAAGUGACGGGCUAUCCUCACAAACUGAGCACACAAAUACUCGUGAAGGUACGGCUGAACCUACUCUGAAAUUGGAUAAUCAGGAAGAUAUGCAGGAUGAGGUUCGCAUUUUUCGAACAGCUGAGUGUGACACGCCGCCUCCAGAGAGGCCCAGAGCUGCUGUUAGUCCAAUAGAGCCGUUAUCGUCGUUUGUCCCGUUGCCGGACUUUACAAUUAAUAACGAGCUUGUUCCACAGAGAUCUCUCUCUGACACGGAUAUACGUACAUUAGUGCUUCAAGAAACGGAAAAAGAUGAAAUGAGGAAACUGCGGGACUUACCGGUCGAAAAGCAAUACUGUUCGCGGGCUAAACCAAUUCGGAAAGACUACGACUACUACGUAAGGGGUUACAAUGAGAAGAUGGAAGACGACGGCUCAAUAAGUACUUCAGAUGAAGAGACGUGUCGUAUAAUAGAGAAGCAGUUAAGGAAGAAAGGAGACGUAGUCCGAUUUCAACCGCCCAGAGUAACCGUUCAUCCAAGGCACUACAAAAGAUUCGGCAAAAUGGAGCGGUGCGCACUAGCGGAAUUCGAUUAUCUCCAGGAUAUAUCUACCGACGUUAGCGCGUUGCAGUCGAGCCCUGACUCGCAUCACAGUACAGCUAUCUGA